AUGCAGAUGGUCACCUGCUGGGCGCUGGGCGCAGCAGCGGCCUUUGUGCUGUGUCUGCAGGAUGGGCUGCCGCUUUCCUGGGCCUUCACGGCCAGGGCGCUGGAGGAAGAGGCGACGUGCCCCCUGGGCUUGUGGAUCUUGGUCUUCUCCACUGGGGCGGCCCUGCUGGGGUUGGUGGCCUCCGUCUACACCCCGACAUGCAUCCGCAUGAGGGAUAUUUGUUUCCUAGAUGUGAUGAGCAUCCACCAGACGGAUGCGGCGCUCAAGGAGAAGGGGAUUUAUGGCAUCGGAGGAUUUCUGAGCCUAUCCUCGGAGCUUCGAGUGCUCUGGAGCCCGCCAUACUUGACCCGGCUUUGGUGCAUCUUCGAGCUGGCCGCGUUCCGCAAGGCGAACCCCCGGGGGGUCAUCCGACUGGCGCCCUUAUUCGUGGAGGUCUCGGUGCUUUGCAUGUGUCUGGCCUCCAGCUGCGCGUCUCUGCUCUUCUGGAUGGUGCACACCGCGAACCCCGAGCUGCUUCUGUAUGUGGUGGCAUGUUCCGUGGUGCUGUCGGCGAUGUGCUGCAUGCUGGUGCACUUUUUGCGGCGCUCCAUGCAGGGCAAGCAGCAGCUCCUCUCCGCGCUGCAGGAAUUCGACCUCAGCCAGGUGGGCUGCCGUGACGAGUACGACCGGGACUUCAUCUACCGGGCCAUCCAGCAAUGGUACGGCAGCCUGGAGGCCUUCACCGACUUUGUGCGCCACACGCUGCAGGAGGAGCUCGCAGCCACCCUCGGCUCCGAGCAGGUGGUCCGGGUCUACAGCUUCCUGCCCUGCCUGCCCGUCUUGAGCGUGGGCUUGGAAUAUUGGCUCGCCUUUGCCAAAGCAGGCGUUUCCACGACUUGGCAGGUCUCGUUUAUUGUGGGGGUGCUGCUGAGCUUCGCGGUGUUCUGGUCCACUUUGUCCUUCCGCGUGCUGCUGACGCUCUGCUCCUGGCUGGCGGCCCCAAGGCUUUGGCCGCUGCUGGACUACCUGCAGAGCUUGCUGAUCUUCGCCGCCUUCGCCAUCUUCUGGUGCGGCGGCUUAUUUUUGGCCACCUGGGCCUACGCCCAGAGCCUCUGGGCGAUGCUUGGCUGGGCCAGUGUCUCCGUCCUGGCCAGCGCAAGUGUGAUGCGAAAGUGACGGAGGUCGCCGAAGAAAUUUAUGGAAUCGCCGGCCGUUUGGACCGGUUCCUUCUAUUCGCCUGCCUGGUGAUGCGAAUGCGCUCGCUAGCCAUCCACACCUGUUGGAAUCUUGCUUUUAAAGCAAAGCGAAAGGGAACACCAUAAAUUUGAGAUUGGGUCCCCGAAGAACAGAAGUUUUGAGCAUGGCUCAAAUGGUUUCACCAGAUCUCGACUCCCCGAUGUUCAAUUCGCAUCCCAAUGGAAUGCGUUCAGCGGGAAACGGGCAAAAAGUGGCGUCC